CCUAUUAGUCCGAUAACAAGUGCAACAAGGACAGUAAUCGUAAUCCAUUCAUACUUGACAGAGCGAGUAAGCCGCUAGCCCCGUGAACAGCCGGUGACUGGAUAUGGGUUUAACGUGUGGUAUUCUCAUAAACAAAUUCUACAAGGAAAAUAGAAACAGAAAUCGAAUCACAAAGAUGUCCCUGGUAAGCAGUCAUAAGGUAUGGUACUUAGUCCUGUUGGUGUGUGGCUGUCUUUUGUUUAUUCAACAAGGAUGGUUGGAUACCCGAUACUGGAAGAUAUCCAACAAACAUCCUUUAAAAAUAUUGAGUGAUCCAAAGGAGAACAGGUCUGCAGAGUUAUUAUUGGUUCUGUUCACCACGUGGAAAAUGGACCCCGAUAAAACAACGGUCCACACAAAUACGUUUCUGAACUGGAAAAAAUUUAAGCCGCACGUCCAGCCAGUUGUAUUUAGUAAUGAAUCUGCUGUUAUUGCACAAGCUAUUGAAUACGGUUGGAAAUACCUGCCUCUUCUUCAUAUGUCACCUUAUAAUGUGCCCAUACUGAAAUAUAUGUACAUACAAAUUAAACACAAAUACAGAUCGAGAUUCUAUGCCUAUGUUAAUAGUGAUAUUUUAUUUGACGAUGGGUUGAUAAAAACAAUAACGGCUGUAAAUUCUGCGCCAUCUUUACCCAAAAAUGAACCUCUGUUAAUUAUUGGACAAAGAACUAAUGUUCUUAAUGUGACCCUGGCUGAAUCAUCAACCUUUCAGAAACUUCAUAGUAUUUCAAAAAGGGGUCAACUUUUUGCAACAAACGCGGAGGAUUAUUUUAUAACGGACCACAGUUUCCCUUGGGAGACGAUUCCAGAGCUUGCUAUUGGACUUCCGACUUACGAUAAUUGGCUGGUUCUGUUUGCACGGACUGGAAAUAUGACCGUGAUUGACUGUACGGCUACCAUGCUUGCUGUUCAUCAAACGACUAAGAAAGGAAAUAAGGAGAGUCACUCCCACGAUCAUAACAACUACAACUUGGAGGUGAUAAAUAAAGUUUAUAAGACAGUAGAUUACGGCGGUGGUUAUACUGAUUGUACCAACUGGAUAACCAGAUACAACGGCACAUCAAAACUUGUAACAUUUCUUCAAAGACCAACACCUGCUUGUCAACUUAUAUUAAUACCUAAAACAAAACAAAAUACCUAACACUUCUCCAAACACCAACUUUUUUCUAGUGAUCGUACAAAUUCAUUAAUACCUGAGGCUAGGGUUCAGCAUGUCAGUGACCCGAAAACGCAAUAAGAUAUUGAUUAUGUGAUUAUUUUAGCGAUAAUAAAAUUCUAGGAAAUGAAAUUUGUUAAUACUGGUUGAAAAAACCCAGUUCAUUUCUGUAGCAUAAUAAAUUUCAUCUCCAUCGUGUCUAAAACUAAAUGGAAUCAAAUGGAAUGGAGUUUAACAUCCUACUGUUCUGCUCCGACUGGGCUAAUGAAGACGGAGAUACGCCAUACAGUGUGCUAUGGCGUCAGUACGAUUUCAAAAUCAGAGAGGAACUUUAAUCAAAUCAUUCUAGAAAACGACUUACUAAAUGGAUCAAAGCAAUUUUUUGUGAGCGGUAUGUUGACACAUUAUUGAUUAAUUCAUCACAAUCCCAAGACAUUACGAGAAUGUUUAGAGUCUGUACACAGUCUAUACAUCAGUGUAUGGUGUGUCAACCGCGAGUGUCGAUAACAGCAGCUCAGCGUUUGUACAUGGAGUGGACCAGACGAUUGAUGAACGCCACACCCCCAGAAAAGACUGGCACAAUCCAUCGGCCGUGUUUGGUCUCAGUACGACGUUAUUUAGUCUCUUCUUAAUUCCAUCCCAAAGAUGUCCAAUCGGGUUUAAGUCCGGACUAAGGACUGGCCAGUGCAUAACGUUGACACAGUUCUGCUGCAGAAAGUCCCGAGUAACUCUGGCGGUGUGAACACGGGCGUUGUCAUGCUAAAACGUUGUUUGGAUGACGUGCAAAAUGUGGUAUGACGUGGGGUCUGAGAGCUUGAUCGAUCUAACGACUGCUGUGAUGCCGCCUCCUCUCCCUGGACCAAGAGUUUGGACCACCAAAGGACCCACUCUCUGGUUCAGGUCGAUUCCACCCUAAACCAUUUUGCUUGGACCCCCCCCCCCCCAUGAGUCUCGUUCCAUAACACAUUGGUCAGAAUAACGCUGGCCACGUCGACGCCAUAUUCUGGUCCUGCCAUCUGCAGUUGAUACGCAAUACCGACUCUCAUAUGUGAACAGAACAGUUCUCCAUUGCCCGUGUCGCCAGUUCUGGUGUUGUUGGGCAAAAUGUAGACGUUCACGUCGAUGGCGAGGAGUGAGGAUCGGUCCACUAUAAGAUCUACGGCAAUGGAUGUUCUCUCUGGUGAGACGUCGGCGCACUGUAUCGGAACUGAUGGGUCUUCCGUAUGUUCCCACUGUCUGAGGUGUUGUCUCAGAUGCCUGUGUAAAGGGAUUCUACACGUGCUGUCGCACAACAUGGCGGUCUUGUGGUAAUAUAAUUCAAAUAAUAUCUAAAUUUAAUAACAUCCAAGCCAAGCACUAAGAUUAAUUAUGCACUAAAUUGAAACAAUUUCAAAAACUGAAAAGUGCUACAAAAUCACACUACAAGUGAGACAUAUAGAUAUAACUAAUAUACACAGAAAACUAACAAAAGAAAAAUGCACUAUUUUGCAGGAAUAAUAAAAUGAUGUAAAACCUUUUCCUCAUUAAAAAAAACCCAAACAAAAUGAAUAUUUUGUAAAUAACAGAAGCAAAGCAUCAAGAUUACAGGAUUGAAAUAAAGAAAAUAUCAUAUGUACAAAAAAUUUAUAUACAAUCACAAGUCAUAAGCCACAGUGGUUCAGUGAGUAUAAGGUGUUGGCCGAGAAAUUUCAACUGGAUUUUCCGGCAUAGUUCCCACUUGUCAGUAGUCUUGGAUAUGGCAAGGGAUAAUUGGGUACAAGCCCGGAAUCGAAAGAGAGAGAGAGAGAG